AUGGUUGCAAAGACUGAUACCAUCAAUGAUGAUGGCUAUGAGUCAAAACAUGUCUAUGAAUAUGACGAAACCACUCAAAACAAAUCUUGGGCUUCAGCAUUACCAGUCAAACAAGGUUUAUACGACCCUGAUUUAGAAAAAGAUGCUUGUGGUGUUGGUUUUGUUUGUAACAUCAAAGGUGCAGCAAGUCAUAAAAUUGUUAGUGAUGCUAGAUUCUUGCUAUGUAACAUGACACAUAGAGGUGCCGUUUCAUCUGAUGGUAAUGGUGAUGGUGCUGGUAUUUUAAUGUCUAUCGGACAUAAAUUUUUCCAAAAAGAAUUCAAGCACUUGUGUGAUUUGGAAAUCCCAAAUGAAGGUCAAUAUGCCAUUGGUAAUGUUUUCUUCAAAAAAGAUGACUCAAUUUUAUCUCAAUCAAAAGAGACUUUUGAACAAUUGGCUAAAAAUUUGGAUUUGACUGUUUUAGGUUGGAGAACUGUCCCUCAUGAUUCUUCAAUCUUGGGAGCUGCUGCUUUAUCAAGAGAACCUUUGAUCUUACAACCAAUUGUUGCACUGACUGAGAUUAUUGGCAAUAAAGAUUUAUCAACUGAGGAUUUUGAUGCCAAAUAUGAAAAAAAAUUUGAAAAACAAUUAUACUUGUUGAGAAAACAAGCAACAAACAGUAUUGGUUUACAUAAUUGGUUUUAUGUGUGUUCUCUUUCAAACAAAUUGAUUGUUUAUAAAGGUCAAUUAACUCCAAAUCAAGUUUACAACUAUUAUCAUGAUUUGAACAAUGCUGAUUAUCAAUCACAUUUUGCCCUUGUCCACUCAAGAUUCUCCACAAAUACUUUCCCUUCAUGGGAUAGAGCUCAACCUUUAAGAUGGUUAGCUCAUAAUGGUGAGAUCAACACUUUGAGAGGUAACAAGAACUGGAUGAGAUCAAGAGAAGGUGUUAUGGAAUCAUCAUUUUUCGGUGAAGAAUUGGACAAGUUAUAUCCUAUCAUUGAAGAAGGUGGUUCAGAUUCCGCUGCUGUUGAUAAUGUCUUAGAAUUGUUAGUUAUUAAUGGUGUCUUAUCAUUACCUGAAGCUGUUAUGCUGUUGGUUCCAGAAGCUUGGGAAAAUGAUGCCAAUAUGGACUCCAAGAAGAAGGCAUUUUAUCAAUGGGCUGCUUGUUUAAUGGAACCAUGGGAUGGACCUGCUUUAUUCACCUUCACUGAUGGUAGAUAUUGUGGUGCUACUUUGGAUCGUAAUGGGUUAAGACCUUGUCGUUAUUACGUUACAACUGAUGAUCGUAUCAUUUGUGGUUCAGAAGUUGGUGUUAUUCCAGUUUCAAAUGAUAUGAUUAUCUCCAAGGGAAGAUUGGAACCUGGUCAUAUGUUGUUAGUUGAUACUCAUUUGGGUAAAAUUGUUGAUGAUCGUGAAUUGAAAGGUAAAAUCUCUUCAAGAUAUGAUUUUAAAUCCUGGUUAUCCAAAAUCAUUAAAUCAGAGGAUUUGAAAGCAAAAUUUGAAGAUAAGAACAUUGAUUUGGGUAAAGAUUUGGCUAUUGAUACUUCAAUUACAAGUCAAACUGAUAAAAGAUUGUUAUCUCUUGGUUAUACUUUUGAACAAUUGGCUUUAAUCAUUGGUCCAAUGGGUAUAAAAGGUGAAGAAGCUUUAGGUUCUAUGGGUAAUGACGCACCAUUAGCUUGUUUGAAUGAAAGUCCAGUCUUAUUGUAUGACUACUUUAGACAGUUGUUUGCUCAAGUUACAAAUCCACCUAUUGAUCCAAUAAGAGAAGCAAAUGUUAUGUCAUUAAAAUGUUUUAUUGGUCCCCAAGGUAAUUUAUUGGAAAUGAAUCAAAACCAAUGUAAUAGACUUUUAUUAGAAUCACCAAUUUUAAAACCUGAUGAGUUCAAUUCCUUGAGAAAAAUCACCCAAAUUUUGCCAAAUUGGGCAGUUUCUGAAAUUGAUAUCACUUUUGCUAAAUCGGAAGGUUUAUUAGGUUAUGUCAACACAAUUGAAAGAAUCACCCAAGAAGCUUCCGAAGCGAUCUACAAUGAAACUCAAUUCAUUAUUUUAUCAGAUAAAGCUAUUAGUGCUGAACGUGUUCCAAUCUCUGCAUUAAUUGCCGUUGGUGCUAUCCAUCAUCAUUUAAUUCGUCAAAAACAACGUUCUAAAGUUGCUUUGAUCUUAGAAACUGGGGAAGCAAGAGAGGUUCAUCAUUUCUCUGUCUUACUAGGUUAUGGUGCUGAUGCUAUUUAUCCAUAUUUGGCCAUGGAAACUUUAGUUAGAAUGAACCAUGAAGGUUUGAUUAGAGAUGAAAUGUCAGAUUCAGCACUUUUGGAUAACUAUAAGAAUGCUGCCAAUUCUGGUAUUAAGAAAGUCAUGUCCAAGAUGGGUAUUUCAACUUUGGCAUCAUAUAAAGGUGCCCAAAUUUUUGAAGCUUUGGGUAUUGAUAAUUCUGUGAUUGAUGUUUGCUUCAAUGGUACUGCUUCAAGAAUUAGAGGUGUUACAUUUGAAUAUAUCGCUCAAGAUGCUUUCUCAUUACAUGAAAGAGGGUUCCCAAAUAGGGAUACAGUUACACCAUCUACAUUACCAGAAAGUGGUGAAUAUCAUUGGAGAGAUGGUGGUCCAAAACACGUUAAUGAUCCUGUUGCUAUUGCAUCUUUACAAGAUGCUGUUCGUAACAAAAAUGAACAUGCUUUUGAUGUUUAUACCAAAAAGGAAAUGGAAGCUAUCAGAGAUUGUACAUUAAGAGGAUUACUUGAUUUUGAUUAUGAAAACUCCACUCCAAUCCCAUUAGAUCAAGUUGAACCUUGGACUGAAAUUGCUCGUCGGUUUGCUACUGGUGCCAUGUCAUAUGGUUCUAUUUCUAUGGAGGCACAUUCAACACUAGCUGUCGCAAUGAAUAGAUUGAAUGCCAAAUCAAAUAGUGGUGAGGGUGGUGAAGACCCAGAGCGUUCAAUUAUCAAUGAAAAUGGUGAUUCAAUGAGAUCUGCUAUUAAACAAAUUGCUUCUGGUAGAUUUGGUGUCACAUCCUACUACUUAGCAGAUGCUGAUGACCUUCAAAUCAAGAUGGCACAAGGUGCUAAACCGGGUGAGGGCGGGGAGCUUAAACCAUCUGAUGCUGACAUCUAUGGGAAAGUCACUCCUGAAAUUGCCAAAACUAGACGUUCAACUCCUGGUGUUAGUUUGAUCUCUCCUCCACCUCAUCAUGAUAUUUAUUCUAUUGAAGAUUUAAAACAAUUGAUCUAUGAUUUGAAGUGUGCUAACCCAAGAGCUGGAAUCUCUGUCAAGUUGGUUUCCGAAGUUGGUGUUGGUAUUAUUGCAUCAGGUGUUGCCAAAGCUAAAGCUGACCACAUUUUAAUUUCUGGUCAUGAUGGUGGUACGGGUGCUGCUAAAUGGACUAGUAUCAAAUAUGCUGGUUUACCUUGGGAAUUAGGGUUGGCUGAAACACAUCAAACUUUGGUAUUGAAUGACUUGAGAGGUAAUGUUGUUGUGCAAACUGAUGGUCAAAUUAGAACAGCUUUCGAUGUUGCAGUUGCAGUUUUGUUGGGUGCCGAAAGUUUUACUUUAGCCACUGUUCCAUUGAUUACAAUGGGGUGUAUUAUGAUGCGUAAAUGUCAUUUGAAUACUUGUCCUGUUGGUAUUGCAACUCAAGACCCGGUCUUGAGAGACAAGUUUCAAGGUGCUCCAGAACAUGUUAUCAAUUUCUUCUACUAUUUGAUUAAUGAUUUACGUAAAGUCAUGGCCAAGUUGGGGUUCAGAACAAUUGAUGAAAUGGUUGGUCAUUCUGAAAAAUUAAAAGCUAGAGAAGAUCGUAACACCAAAAACUGCAAUAUUGAUUUAUCCCCAAUUUUAACACCAGCUCACACAAUUAGACCUGGUGUUCCAACUAGAUUUGUCAAGAAACAAGAUCAUAGACUACACGUUCGUUUAGAUAACAAAUUGAUUGAUGAGGCAGAAAUCACUUUGGAUAGAGGUUUACCUGUUACAAUUGAUGCAAAUAUCAUUAAUACUGAUCGUGCAUUAGGUACUACAUUAUCAUACCGUAUCUCCAAAAAGUUUGGUGAGAAUGGUUUACCACAAGAUACAGUUGUUGUAAAUAUCAAGGGAAGUGCUGGUCAAUCCUUUGGUGCUUUCUUGACUAGUGGUGUUACAUUCUUUUUGGAAGGUGAUGCUAAUGAUUAUGUUGGUAAAGGUUUAAGUGGUGGUAGAAUUGUCAUUAGACCUCCAACUGACUCAAAAUUCAAAUCAUAUGAAAAUGUUAUUGUUGGUAACACUUGUUUCUAUGGUGCUACUGGUGGUACAGCAUUUAUUAGCGGUGCAGCUGGUGAACGUUUCGCUGUUCGUAAUUCUGGUGCAACUAUUGUCGUUGAAAAAAUCAAAGGUAAUAAUGCCUUUGAAUAUAUGACUCGUGGUCGUGCCGUUGUUUUAUCUCAAUUAGAGAGUAAUAAUGCCUUUGCUGGUUGUUCUGGUGGUAUUAUUUAUGUUUUGGUUUCUGAUUAUCAAGAAUUCCUUUCAAGAAUUAAUCAUGAAACUGUUGAAUUAUCAGGUUUGACUGAUCCUGUGGAGAUUGCAUUUGUUAAAAAUUUGAUUGAAGAACACCGUCAAUUAACAGGGUCGGAAUUGGCUGAUCGUAUCUUGAAGAAUUUCAAUCAUCAUCUAAAGAGCUUUGUCAAAGUUUUACCAAUUGAAUACAAGAGAAUUUUAGCAUUGGAAGAAGAAAAGAAACAAGAACUAAAGAGAGUUGAAAGUGAAAGAUAUUUGAAAUCAUUCAACAGAGUUGAUCCAGAAGCUGAUAUCACUAAUGGUGAAAUCAUUAAAAAGAAUAACCAUCGCCCAUCAACUUCAUUAAACUCUACAAAACAUGAACCAAAAAUCAUGGAUUUGGAAGACUCUGUCAAGGAUAAGAAUUUUGAAAAUAAAAAAGUUGAAAAAUUGGAUAAAGUUCGUGGUUUUAUGAAGUAUAAAGUUCGUCAUGAAAAUUAUAGAGCUCCAAGAUCAAGAACAAAAGAUUGGAAAGAAUUAUCCAAGGCAAUCUCCAAAACUGAUGCUAAACAACAAACUGCUCGUUGUAUGGAUUGUGGUAUUCCAUUUUGUCAAUCCGAUACAGGUUGUCCAAUUUCAAACGUUAUUCCAAAGUUCAAUGAAUUAGUUUUCAAUGAUCAAUGGGAAGCUGCUUUAGAAAAAUUAUCUGCAACUAAUAAUUUCCCAGAAUUUACUGGUAGAGUUUGUCCAGCUCCUUGUCAAGGUUCUUGUACUUUAGGUAUCAUUGAUGACCCAGUUGGUAUUAAGUCAGUUGAACGUUUAAUUAUUGAUAAUGCAUUUGAAAAUGGUUGGAUUGUUCCAAAACCUCCUCAACAACGCACUGGUAGAAAAGUUGCCAUUAUUGGUUCAGGUCCUGCUGGUUUAGCAUGUGCUGAUCAAUUGAAUAAAGCUGGUCAUUCUGUUACUGUUUAUGAAAGAGCUGAUAGACCAGGUGGUUUGUUGAUGUAUGGUAUUCCAAACAUGAAGUUGGAUAAAGAUGUUGUUAAGCGUCGUACUGAUUUACUAGCUGCUGAAGGUGUUAAUUUUGUUUGUAAUACUCAAGUUGAUGAUUUAACUGAUUUGAAAUCAGAAAAUGAUGCAGUUAUUUUAGCUAUUGGUUCAACAUUUCCAAGAGAUUUGAAAAUCCCAGGUCGUGAUUUGAAAAACAUUGAUUUUGCAAUGACUUUAUUAAAAGAUAAUACUCAAGCUUUAUUAGAUGAUUAUCUACCAGAAAUUCGUGAAAAACUACAAGGUAAAAAAGUUAUUGUCAUUGGUGGUGGUGAUACAGGUAAUGAUUGUAUUGGUACAGCAACAAGACAUGGUGCAUCUUCAGUUGUUAAUUUCGAAUUAUUACCACAACCACCUCAAGAACGUUCCAAAGAUAAUCCAUGGCCUCAAUGGCCAAGAAUCUUUAGAGUUGAUUAUGGUCAUGCUGAAGUUAAAGAACAUUAUGGUAAAGAUCCACGUGAAUAUUGUAUCUUGUCUAAGGAAUUCAUUGGUGAUGAUGAAGGUAAUGUUAAAGCUAUUCGUACUGUUAGAGUUGAAUGGAAGAGAUCAGAAAGUGGUGUUUGGCAAAUGAAUGAAGUUCCACAUAGUGAAGAAAUCUUUGAAGCUGAUAUUGUCUUGUUAUCUAUGGGUUUUAUUGGUCCAGAAAUUGCCAAAAUGAGUGUUAAUAAGACACCAAGAGGUACUAUUCCAACUUUAGCUGAUUCAAGUUAUCAAGUUGAAGAUAAUUUGUUCACCGCUGGUGAUUGUAGAAGAGGUCAAUCAUUAAUUGUUUGGGGUAUUCAAGAAGGUAGACAAUGUGCUAGAGAAAUUGAUAUGUAUCUAGAAGGUGGUUCCAAAUUACCAGGUAAUGGUGGUAUUGAAAGAAGAGAUUUCAAAUUAUUGGAAGAAUUAGCCACUCAUAUUGAGUAG